UUGAUCAACAGAGACGUAAGGACCCCCUCUUCAAAAAAGAAGUUGAGAGAACGACGACAGAAGGCUCAACAAAAUGCUUCCCGAUCUCGCACACUGGGUGGUCCAGUGCCCGAUAUGAGUGAUCAUGAAGCCAUGCAGAGAUUCUUUUUGCAGCAGAUUCAGCUUGGUGAAGAGCUCCUUGCUGCUGGCGAUUUAGAGGCAGGUGUCGAGCAUCUGGGUCAAGCUGUCGCCGUAUGUGGACAGACGCAGCAACUUUUGAGUGUACUGCAACAAACCAUGCCAGCACCAAUCUUCCACCUUCUCCUCAAGAAGCUUCCAGAGGUCUCAGAGCGCCUCCAUGCUUCAAUGAAAGCUAACCGCAACUCCCUGCAGGAAGAGGAUGUCGAGUAA